AUGCCAACAUUGCCAUCUGGUGGUAUUGGUAAAGCAAGAAGCUUACCAGCUCCAAAGCCAAGAACAUUUCGUGAAGCUUUACCAGCUUUGAUCGUUGCAGCUUUUGUUGCAUGGGGCGGUAUUUUGUUUGGUUAUGAUACAGGUGUGAUUUCCGGUAUCAUCGAAAUGGAAAAUUUUAAAGAACAAUUUGGAACUAAAGACAAUCCACCUCAACCUGGUUGGUCUUUAUCAACAAGUCAUCGUUCUUUGGUCGUUUCAAUCCUUUCGGCUGGAACAUUUCUUGGCGCAAUGUCAUCUUCUUCGAUGGCAGACUUUUUAGGAAGACGCCGUGGGUUACAAUUUGCAAUCAUCAUCUUUACCCUUGGAGUGAUCAUUCAAUGUGUUUCAAAAGCAGUUCCACUUUUUGCUUUUGGCAGAUUUGUGGCCGGUUUAGGCGUUGGUGCAAUCUCUUGCAUUGUUCCUUUAUACCAAUCUGAAAUCAGUCCAGAAUGGAUUCGUGGUGCUCUAGUCACUUGCUAUCAAUGGAUGAUCACAAUUGGUCUUUUGAUUGCUUCAAUCGUUGAUAACAGUACACAACAUAGGCCAAAUCAAAGCUCGUACCUUAUCCCGAUAGCUAUGCAAUUUAUUUUCGCGCUCAUCAUUUUUGUGGGUUUGUUCAUUUUGCCGGAGUCACCACGGUGGUUUAUCAAACGAGGUCAAAGAGAACUUGCAGCUAAUUCAUUGGCAAGACUCAACUCUUGUUUACCAGAUUCAGAGUAUGUCACCGCAGAGAUUAAUUGCAUUCAAGCAUCGUUGGAUUUGGAACUUCGACUUGGAAAUGGCGGUUAUAAGGAGAUUUUUGAGAUGGGAGAGCGAAAGAUCUUUACCAGAGUCGCUGUGGGAGCCAUUUCACAGGCUCUUCAACAACUGACCGGUAUCAAUUUUAUCUUUUAUUACGGUGUAACAUUCUUUAAAAGCACUGGAGCAAAAAAUCCGUUCAUCUUUUCGAUCAUUUCAAAUGUCGUCAACGUGUGUUCCACGGUGCCGGGAAUGUGGAUGAUGGAACGGGUUGGUCGUCGACCUUUGUUCAUCUACGGAGCAGUCUGGAUGUUUGUUUCUCAACUAAUCGUUGCGGCAGUAGGAACGGCUGAACCAAUUUCAAACCGUCCCGCUCAAGCUGCGGCGGUGGCUUUUGUUUGUAUUUAUAUCGCCGGAUUUGCUGCUACUUGGGGCCCAGCAACUUGGGUUUAUACGGGUGAAACAUACCCUCUCUCUGUCCGUGCUAAAGGCAUUAGUAUCAGUACUGGCUCACAAUGGAUUUGGAACUUCGGCAUUGGUUAUGCAACACCAUAUUUGGUCGACCAGGGACCAGGUAAAGCAGGCUUAGGUCCUCAUGUAUUCUUCAUUUGGGCAGGGUGCUGCCUUUUGUGCAUCUUGUUUGCCUACCUCUGCAUCAACGAAACCAGUGGGCUUACUCUGGAAGAAGUUGAUGAACUGGUGGCAACCGUGAGCCCAAGAAACUCUAAAGCGCUCAACAAAGAGCUUAAGAAACGUCGUACUCAAUCUAUUUCUACUGGUGAUUCAAUUCCAGACGCAGAAAUGCACAACGGAAUGGAAGAAGAGAAAGGAUCGCCAGUUGAAGAGAAGUUCUCACCUGAUGAAGAGAAAGUGGUUAUGUAA